AGUUGUUAAAUCAUGAAGAGAUCUUUGGAAUUCAGCUCCUCCGACAGCGAAGUGGACAUUGAAGAACAUAGGAAUAUGAAAGCAUCUGUGUUACCAUCGACUUUCUCCCAGAGCCAGGCAAGAAAGAAAAGACGAGGAAUCGUUGAGAAACGUCGCAGAGAUCGGAUUAAUAACAGUUUGUCGGAACUUCGCCGACUGGUUCCCAGUGCCUGCGAGAAACAAGGGUCAGCAAAACUGGAAAAAGCUGAAAUAUUGCAGAUGACAGUUGAUCAUUUAAAAGUGCUACAUACAAGUGGUGGAAAAGGUUAUUUUGAGACUUCAGCAUUUGCCACAGAUUACCGGAUUCUGGGUUUUCGGGAAUGCUUAUCUGAAGUUGCCAGAUAUCUCAGUGUGACUGAGGGAUUAGAUCAUUCUGAUCCUUUGAAAGCUCGCCUGGUGUCACAUUUAAACACAUGUGCAUCACAGAGAGAAGUUGUAAUUGUCGAGAAUAGCCAUCAGCUCCUGAGUGCCGGAUAUCCUCACCAGCUUGCACUGACCUCUCUAUCUCAUUUCAGUGUUGAAGCUCCUGCACAUAGCUUUCCUCCUGUAGAACAGAGUCAUCACAAAGAAUCAAUGCUCAGCAGUAUCCAUCUCGAACAGUUAAAUAAAUUGGCCCCCACAGGUUGUGUGGUCCCCGUUCUGACAAAUGCUGCACAUGUACCAUCUUCAAUAUUUUCAGUUUCUCCUCUGUCAGCCAUACAGUUCCCAUUUUCCAUGGAUCCUCUGCCUGUACUGCCAGCUGCUGCUGCCCGACCUCCAGUGCAAGCUGUAAAAAGUGGGAAACACUUCUGGGCUACAGAAGUGGGGGCUUUUUAA